AUGUCUGUGCGUCGGACGGCUCGGACCGCGGCCUCUCUGCUCUGCGUCGCGCUCUGCGUCAGGGCGCAGUGGAGCGGAGCCGCCGCGCGCACCGGCGAGAGGAGGACAGACCGCGCGCUGAACGGCACCGUGUUUCUCCACGACUACAUGAUGUUCCUGUACCGGACGCUGUCCACGCUGCAGCCCGCGGACACGCACGCUGCAGGCCGUGCGGGGUUUGCCAACACGGUGACGAGCUUCGUGGACCAAGGAAAAGACCUCCCAUCUUGGGAGAGCGGUCAGCGGUACAUCUUUGACUUGUCCAGCCUGGUGAGGGUGGAGCAGCUGGUGGAGGCCGAGCUGAGAAUCCUCAGAAAGCCUCCGACCGACCUCCUGACCGCCCUCACGACCGGAGGAAACCUUUACAACAUCCGCCUGUACUCCUGCUCCCCGGAGGGCGCGUCCGAGAGACAGCUGCUGGACUCCAGAACCGUGGAGGUCCUGGACGGCGGCCUUCCCAGGUGGGAGGUGUUCGAUGUCUGGUUCAGCAUGAAGGCCCGUCUGAGGAACCCCACUGAUCCGCCACAGGCCUGCUUCCACCUCCAGGCCAUAUCUGAGCUCACCAACGAGGUGGCCGACCCGCUGCUGCUGGGGCUUGGCAGGCACGCUCGGCCGCCGCCGGAGAAAGCUCUGCUGGUGACCUUCCUUCAUACAGACACCAGCGGGAACCUGUUCACUGAGAUUAUGGAGAAAAGGCUCCAGGUACCUCAGAAACCUGCCCCAACACGUGAAAAGAAGAAGCGGGGCCACGGACGCAGAGCCGUGUCCAAGCGGUCGUUCGGCGCGUCGGGGAGAAGAGCGGCAGCCGGAAAGAGAUCCGGCCGCAGGAGGACCCGCUGCGGGCGGAAGCCCCUCCACGUGAGCUUCAAAGACCUGGGCUGGGACGACUGGAUCAUCGCCCCCCUGGACUACGAGGCGCACCACUGCGAGGGAGUGUGCGACUUCCCCUUGAGGGCUCACCUGGAGCCCACCAACCACGCCGUCAUCCAGACCCUCAUGAACUCCAUCGACCCCGACAUCAGCCCGCCCAGCUGCUGCGUCCCCUCCAAGCUCAGCCCCAUCAGCAUCCUCUACAUCGACUCGGGGGGCAACGUGGUCUACAAGCAGUACGAGGACAUGGUGGUGGAGAGCUGUGGAUGCUGGUAG